UUUGUAGGACUACAUUAAUGGAGGAUUUAGAGGCUGAACUGGGCUCUGUGACACUUUUUGUAGUGAACUGAUGAAAUCUGUGUCUCAGAUGGAUGUUAGUCCAACACAUCAGACACGACCUCUGCAGCUCUCAGUUGAUGUGCACAUGAAUGAUUUGUGUUUCCUCUGCAGGUGAAGGUAGAAAGUGUGUGUGAGCUGAUGUGAAUUGAGCAGCAUGGAUCAGUGUGAGGACAGAGAGGAGGGAGUCCCUCCCUCUAAAACCACUCUGUGUGGGGAACAUGAGAGCCAGACCAAAGCUCAGAGGAACCCACCUGGACCUCCACCCAGCUCUGUGUCCUGUAAGAGUGACGCGUCUAAAGACGCCAUGUUUAAUUUUAAAGUCCAGUCUGUGUCUGCUGCAGAGAGGAUCAAAGUGAGACCUGCUGAACCUGAACCCAGCUGUGUGUCGUUGAAGAGUGACUUGUCUAAAGACUUUCCCCUUCAUUUUAAAGUCCAGCCUGUUUGUGCAGCAGAGAGAGGUCAGAGGUCACAGUCUGCAGGGUCCAGCUGUCCGUCUGUGAGGAGUGACGUGUCCAAAGCUGACCCUCCAGACUUCCGUGCUGAACCUGGACCAACGAGAGAGAGGAAGAGGAGAGGUGUUUGUGAGGUAGAGCAGCUGUCCAGGUGUGCUAUGUGUCAAGAUGUCAUGAAAGAUCUAGUCUCUACCAGCUGUGGACACUGGCUCUGCAGACAGUGCAUUUCUUCAUACUGGGACCAGUCUGCUUCAUCAGGAGACUCCUCCUGUCCCCAGUGUGGAGAAAGACCCAUAACCAGAGAUGGACUGCAGACAGCCAGUCAGAGCAGCUGUGUACAAACAGAUGUUGGUCUGCAGGAGGUUUUAGAUGAACAUAAGAUCAGUCUGAGGAGGAGAUGUGAGCAUGUGACUGAAGGAACUGAUGAAACAGGAAGUAAAACCCUACUCAACACGAUCUACACUGUGCUCUACAUCACAGAGGGACAGAGUGAAGAGGUUCAUACCCAACAUGAGGUGAGGCAGCUGAAGACAGCUUCCAAGAUAGACGUUCUCCAUGACACUCCAAUCAGGUGCCAGGACAUCUUUAAAGCCUUAUCUGACCAACAGAGACCCAUCAGAGUGGUUCUGACCAACGGCGUGGCUGGUGUUGGAAAAACCUUCUCAGUGCAGAAGUUCACUCUGGACUGGGCAGAGGGCUUGGAGAACCAACAUGUCAGUGUGGUGGUUCUGCUUUCAUUCAGGGAGCUGAACCUGAUCAGAGAUGAGCAGUACAGUCUUCUGGAGCUGCUCCAUGUUUUCCAUCCAACAUUACAGAAGGUCACAGCAGAGAAGCUGGCUGUCUCUCAGCUUUUGUUCAUCUUUGACGGCCUGGAUGAAAGCAGACUUUCAUUGGAUUUCACCAACAGGAAGCUGCUGUCUGAUGUCACACAGAAGUCAUCAGUCAGCCAGCUGCUGACAAACCUCAUCCAGGGGAAUCUGCUUCCCUCGGCUCUCGUCUGGAUAACUUCCCGACCUGCAGCAGCCAAUCAGAUCCCUCCUACAUGUGUCGACAGGCUAACAGAAGUACGAGGCUUCACUGACGCCCAGAAGGAGGAGUACUUCAGGAGGAGAUUCAGUGAUGAAGAGCUGUCCAGCAGAAUCAUCUCCCACAUGAAGACAUCCAGGAGCCUCCACAUCAUGUGUAGUAUCCCAGUCUUUUGCUGGAUCACUGCUACAGUUCUGGAGCACAUGUUGACUACAGAGCAGAGAGGAGAGCUGCCCAAGACCCUGACUGACAUGUACUCACACUUCCUGCUGGUUCAGACAAAGAGGAAGAAGAACAAGUACCAUGAGGGACAUGAGACGAGUCCACAGGAGCUGACGGAGGCUGACAGGGAAGUUCUUCUGAAGCUGGGGAGGCUGGCGUUUGAACAUCUGGAGAAAGGAAACAUCAUGUUCUACCAAGAAGACCUGGAGCAGUGUGGUCUGGAUGUGACAGAGGCCUCGGUGUACUCAGGAGUUUGUACAGAGAUCUUCAAAAGAGAGUGUGUGAUCUUCCAGAAACAAGUCUACUGCUUUGUUCAUCUGAGCAUUCAGGAGUUUCUGGCUGCAGUCUACAUGUUCCACUGUUUCACCAACAGGAAGACAGAGGUGGUGGAGGAGUUCAUGAAGACAGACUGGAAGGAGUCAUCUGUGGAUGGUUUCCUGGAGAGAAUCAUUUAUAAAUCCCUCCAGAGUAAAAAUGGCCACCUGGACCUGUUUGUUCGCUUCCUUCAUGGCCUCUCUCUGGGGUCCAACCAGAGACUCUUAGUAGGUCUGCUGGGUCAGACAGAGAUCAGUCCAGAAACCAUCCAGAGAGCCAUCAACAACCUGAAGAAGAUGAACAGUGAUGACAUCUCUCCUGACAGAAGCAUCAACAUCUUCCACUGUCUGAUGGAGAUGAACGACCUCUCAGUACAUCAGGAGAUCCAAGAGUUCCUGAAGUCAGAGAACAGAUCAGAGAGGUUUCUCUCUGAGAUCCAGUGCUCAGCUCUGGCCUUCAUGCUGCAGAUGUCAGAGGAGGUUCUGGAUGAGUUUGACCUGCAGGAGUACAACACAUCAUGGCAGGGACGACUGAGACUGAUUCCAGCUGUGAGGAACUGCAGAAAGGCUCGACUGAAUCACUGUGACCUGUCAGAGAGAAGUUGUGAAGCUCUGGCCUCAGGUCUCAGCUCUCAGACCUCUAAUCUGAGAGAGCUGGACCUGAAUAACAAUAACCUGAAGGAUUCAGGCGUGAAGCUUCUGUCUGAAGGGCUGAAAAGUUCACAUUGUACACUGGAAACUCUCAGUCUGUCAGGUUGUCUCAUCACAGAGGAAGGCUCUACUUUUCUGGCCUCAGCUCUGAGCGCCAACCCCUCCCAUCUGAGAGAGCUGGACCUGAGCUACAAUCAUCCAGGAGACUCAGGAAUGAAGCUGCUGUCGGCUGGACUGAAGGAUCCAGGCUGGAGACUGGACACUCUCAGGGUGGAGCCUGCUGGAGUCCGAUGGUUGAGACCAGGUCUGAGGAAGUAUUCCUGUCAACUCACAAUCGACACAAACACAGUGAACACAGAGCUCCAACUGUCUGACAACAACAGGAAGGUGACACGUGUGAAGGAGGUUCAGUCAUAUCCUGAUCAUCCAGACAGAUUUGAUGUUUAUCAUCAGCUGCUGUGUAGAAAUGGUCUGACUGGUCGCUGUUACUGGGAGGUCGAGUGGAGAGGAGGGGUUAAUAUAUCAGUGAGUUACAGAAGAAUCAGAAGGAAAGGAAGCAGUGGUGGCUGUUGGUUUGGAUGCAAUGAUGAGUCCUGGAGUCUGUACUGCUCUGAUGAUGGUCCUCAGUCUGUCUGGCACAAUAGCAGAUCCACACCCAUCUCCUCCUCCUCCUCCUCCUCCUCUGUCUCUAACAGAGCAGCAGUGUAUGUGGACUGUCCUGCUGGCACUCUGUCCUUCUACAGAGUCUCCUCUGACACUCUGAUCCACCUCCACACCUUCAACACCACAUUCCCUGAAGAUCUUUAUCCUGGGUUUGGAUUUGACCACCCUGGUUCCUCAGUGUCCCUGUGCUGGGUGUAA